AUGGAGGCCGGAGGGGAGCGUUUUCAUCAACAAAGGCAAGUCCUGAUUCUCUUUCUUUUGCUGGGAGUGACUUUUGCAGGCUGGGAAUCCCGUCGCUAUUCCGUGAUGGAGGAAAUAGAGAGUGGCUCGUUUGUGGCCAACCUUGUCGAGGACUUAGGGCUCGGAGUUGGGGAGCUAGCUGCGCGGGAAGCCCGGGUGGUCUCUGAGGAUAACGAACCCCGGUUGCAGCUCGAUCUGCAGACUGGGAAGUUGACAUUAAAUGAGAAACUGGACCGGGAGGAGAUGUGCGGCCCUACAGAUCCAUGUGUAAUGCAUUUUCAAGUGUUACUGAAGAAACCAUUGGGAGUAUUUCGAGCUGAGCUACUGGUGAGAGACAUAAACGAUCAUGCUCCUGAGUUUCCUGAAAGAGAAAUGACUUUGAAAAUCCCAGAGAACAGCCCUCCUGGGACAGUGUUUCCUCUGAAAAAAGCUCAAGAUUUGGACGUGGGCAACAAUAACAUCCAAAACUACAGUAUCAGUCCCAAUUCUUAUUUUCAUGUUUCCACCCGCAGUCGGGGGGAUGGUAGGAAAUACCCAGAGCUGGUGCUGGAUCGAGAGCUUGAUCGGGAGAAGCAGGCCUUGCUCAGAUUAACCCUCACAGCGCUGGAUGGCGGCUCUCCGCCUCGAUCGGGUACCACCGAGGUUAGAAUCUUGCUCUUGGAUAUCAAUGACAACGCCCCUGAGUUUGCGCAGGCCCACUACCAGGUGCAGGUCCUGGAGAACAGCCCCGUAGGCGCCCUAGUUGUCAAAGUUUCUGCUAGAGAUUUAGACACUGGGACAAAUGGAGAGGUAUCAUAUUCCCUUUUUUACAGUUCUCAGGAGAUGAGCCCAACUUUUGAGCUAAACAGCCUUUCGGGAGAAGUUCGCCUAAUUAAAAAACUCGAUUUUGAGACAGUACCCUCAUAUGAUCUGGAUAUAGAUGCAUUUGAUGGCGGGGGACUUUCUGGAAAAUGCUCUGUCUCCAUUGAGGUUGUGGAUGUUAACGAUAAUGCCCCGGAACUAACUAUUUCAUCACUUACCAGCCCCAUUCCUGAAAACUCCCCCGAGACAGAAGUGGCCCUGUUUAGGAUUCGAGACCGAGACUCAGGGGACAACGGAAGGAUGACUUGCUCCAUCCAGGAUGAUCUCCCCUUUAUUCUGAAACCAUCUGAAGAGAAUUUCUACACGCUGGUAACAAAUGGGGCGCUAGACAGAGAAAGCAAAGCUGAGUAUAACGUCACCAUUACUGUCACCGACUUGGGGACACCGAGGUUGAAAACGGAACACAACAUAACCGUGCUGGUGUCCGACGUCAACGACAACGCCCCCGCCUUCACCCAGACCUCCUACACCCUGUGGGUCCGCGAGAACAACAGCCCCGCCCUGCACAUCGGCAGCGUCAGCGCCACAGACACAGACGCGGGCGCCAACGCCCAGGUCACCUACUCGCUGCUGCCGCCCCCCGACCCGCCCGUGCCCCUCGCCUCCCUCGUGUCCAUCAACCCCGACAACGGCCACCUCUUCGCCCUCACGUCCCUGGACUACGAGGCCCUGCGGGCCUUCGAGUUCCGCGUGGGCGCCACCGACCGCGGCUCGCCGGCGCUCAGCAGCCAGGCGCUGGUGCGCGUGCUCGUGGCGGACGCCAACGACAACGCGCCCUUCGUGCUCUACCCGCUGCAGAACGCCUCGGCGCCCUGCACCGAGCUGGUGCCCAGGGCGGCCGAGCCGGGCUACCUGGUGACCAAGGUGGUGGCGGUGGACGGCGACGCGGGCCAGAACGCCUGGCUGUCGUACCAGCUGCUCAAGGCCACGGAGCCCGGGCUGUUCGGCGUGUGGGCGCACAACGGCGAGGUGCGCACGGCGCGGCUGCUGAGCGAGCGCGACGCGCCCAAGCAGCGGCUGGUGGUGCUGGUCAAGGACAACGGCGAGCCGCCGCUGUCGGCCAGCGUCACGCUGCACGUGCUGCUGGUGGACGGCUUCUCGCAGCCCUACCUGCCGCCCCCGGAAGCGGAAGCGGCGGCCGCGGCGCCGGCCGACCCGCUCACCGUCUACCUGGUGGUGGCCUUGGCGUCGGUGUCGUCGCUCUUCCUCUUCUCGGUGCUGGUGUUCGUGGCGGUGCGGCUGUGCAGGAGGGGCGGGGCGGGCUCGGCGGGUCGCUGCCCGGUGCCCGAGGGCCACUUCCCGGGCCACCUGGUGGACGUCAGCGGCACUGGGACCCUGUCGCAGAGCUACCAGUACGAGGUGUGUCUGAUGGGAGAGACUGGGACGAAUGAGUUCAAAUUCUAG